GUCUAAUAACACUGUCUUCAACUUCAUAGACUAUGUCUAUGGAUUUUGUGUACACGUAUUCUGUUUUUGUCAAACACACCACAUAAUUCCUCGGUACAAUAGGAAAGUCACGUCCUUGAGGCAACUUAAUGCUGCUCUACUUUCGCGCGUGAUUCUCCGUCAGUCUGGCAGAUAACAUGGCGCAGACCGCACCACUCAUACCGCGCUUGGUUGCUUCGUCGAUAGCAAUUGCGAAUCGUGCAGGGGAAAUAAUUCGAAAUGUUAUGUCCAAAGGAGAUUUGGGCAUCGUAGAAAAGACAGGAAAAAAUGAUCUGCAAACAGAAGCCGAUCGUUCUGCUCAGAGAUGUAUUAUUACAUCUCUCUCGAAGCAAUUUCCAUCUAUAACUAUCAUAGGAGAAGAAGAUGAACCUUCAGAUAGCCCAGUACCCAGUGAUUGGGUUGUGUCAGAGGUGGACCAGGAUAUUCUUCGACUUGAAUGUCCAGAUAAUUUGCAACAGGUGUCCGCAGAAGAGGUUGUUGUUUGGGUUGAUCCUUUAGAUGGAACAUCAGAAUACACACAAGGCCUACUGGACCAUGUUACUGUCCUCAUUGGUAUUGCUGUGGGUAAUCGUUCAGUGGCAGGUGUUAUUCACCAGCCAUAUUAUAAUUACCAGAAAGAAAAUGAACCACUAGGACGAACGAUUUGGGGAAUUCGAGGAGUGGGCGUUGGUGGAUUUGAGCCAAAAGCAGCUCCAGAAGGUCAGAGAAUAAUUACCACCACUCGUUCGCAUUCAACUCCAGAAGUUCAAGCCACACUAGAUGCUAUGAAACCAGACAAUAUCCUUCGUGUAGGUGGAGCUGGACAUAAGGUGAUGUUACUGAUUGAGGGUAAAGCACAUGCCUAUGUAUUUGCCAGUGCGGGUUGCAAAAGAUGGGAUACUUGUGCUCCAGAAGCUAUACUUGUAGCCCUAGGAGGGAAGCUUACAGAUAUGCAUGGCAAGGAAUAUUCUUAUGACAAAAAUACACCCUUUCCAAACAAAGGUGGUGUCUUGGCUACUGGAAAAGGAGAAAAUCAUGAAUGGUACCUGGAGAAAGUUCCAGAAGCUAUACGCAAAAAGUUAGUUUAAAAUAGGUUUAAAACUUAUUUCUGUGAACAUUAUGAAUUGUUAUUCUUUUGAAAAAUAUAAACUUUGAGAAAAAUAGUCUUUGAUUUCUGACAUCCUAUCCUGACACUUUCCCUAAAUGUGUACGCUUCAA